AAUCUUUCUCCUUUUGACUGAUAAGAUAGUUGACUAAGCAAAACUACCAAAAGAAUUGCAUGUUAGUCCGAUCUUUGCUGGACAUCAAGAGGCAUCAGCACCAUUUGGAUCAAUCAGUUCCCAUUAGACCUAUAAAUGUCGACAUCCAAGCUAGUCUAGCACCCCUAGCAAGCUUAUCGGCAAUGGCGGAACCGGUGAAGCUCAUCGGCGCCUUCGGCAGCCCGUUUGUCCACCGCGCUGAGGUGGCCCUGCGCCUCAAGGGCGUCCCAUUUGAGCUCAUCCUUGAAGACCUCAACAACAAAAGCGAGCUGCUGCUGAAGCACAACCCCAUCCACAAGACGGUGCCGGUGCUCUUACACGGUGACCGGCCCGCCGUCUUAGAGUCCCUCCUCAUCGUCGAAUAUGUGGACGAGGCCUUCGACGGCCCGCCGCUCCUCCCCGUUGACACCUACGGGAGGGCCAUGGCACGCUUCUGGGCCCAGUUCAUCGAGCAAAAGUGCUCGAGGCCGUUCUGGAUGGCGGUGUGGAUGGACGACGGGGAAGCGCGGGAGGGGUUCGUAAGGGAGACGAAGGCCAACCUGGCGCUGCUAGAGGCGCGGCUGCAGGGGAAGCGGUUCUUCGCCGGCGACGCGGUCGGGUAUCUGGAUCUGGCGGCUUGCGGGCUGUCGCACCUGCUCGGCGUGAUAGAGGACGUUGCCGGGGCGAGCCUGGUUGAUGCCGGCGAGUUCCCUGCGCUCCGCCGGUGGGCGGAGGACUACGUCUCCGAUGCGACCGUCAGUGCAUGCCUGCCGCCGAGGGAGCAGCUCGCCGCCCACUUCGCCGGGAAGAAGGACCGGAUCAAGCUCGCCGUCAACGCAAUGAUGCAGGGAGCGUAGUUAGUCUGGUGUAUGAUUUGUCUGUGUUGUGUGUAUUAUUUGCCUACCGUCCGUGCUGAAAUAAAGUUCAUAGUUUUUCUUUA